UUACUCGUUCUCUUGUGCUUCGCAGUUUAGAUUUGGAAAUACGAAUAAGACGCGUGUUCCUCAGGCACGCUUCUUCCUGCAAAAGUUGUCAAUAAUUUCGAUCUCUUCCAACUCAAAUCUUCAUCAUGGGUUUGCUUCAAUUUCAUCUCCAUUAAAGCAUAGGAUUCAAGGUCCUUUUUCCGGCAAUGGCGAGACGAACUUUCACGACGGAGUUAGGCUGCAUAGCUUGCGAGGAGCUUGCUGAUUUUGGCGCUGGAAAGGAAGGCUGGCUCGUCGACAACCCCAAUCUUCUAUGCGCCCUCGAUUCCCACUCUUUGGCGCUGGCCAAUCGAUCCAUCAUUCUUGUUCUUGGUUGGGCCGGUUCCGAUGGAUAUCAGGCGAAGAUCAGGCCUUCUGAUUUGUCUCCAAUCGAAGCGGAGUACAUCUCCGCUUUAGAAUGGUUGGUGUUCGAUGAAAUUAAGGUGCUUUUGGUCGGGACUUCUUGUGGGUAUUUGCUGAUUUACUCCUUGAGUGGGGAUUUGAUUCUCAAACAGAUGAUCCAUCCUGGAAGAAUUAUAAAGAUUAGGGUUCAUGGUUCGAAGAGAGAUUUAUCCCAUGGAUCUUCUUUCGAGGAGGUUUCGAUUGCUAUGCCAGGUGUUAUUGCUCGAAUUGAAGGAUCUGAUAUGCAGAAUACACUGCAAAAGUGGUUUCAAGAAUCAAAUGCACGGUUUUGGGAUCCAAAAUCAGACCGGUGGGAUAUGGAGGAUUCUGAAAAUUCUUUUGAAAAGUUAGCUUAUCAAGUAUGGAAUGUCAGCAAAUACGGUGCUUGUGCAGAUGCAGCAAUCACUGGCGUUAUGCCUCCUCCAUUGAUGGAGCUCCAGUCAAGUGAACGUUAUUUUUGUGCAGUCACUGUUGGAGAGGAUGCUGUAAUUUCAGCAUUCAGACUUUCUGAAGACAAAAGCAGGUCUUUAGUUGGAGCCAUUUUAUCAAAAGUUGUCCCUGCAACAUUUUCAACAAUAGCUUCCUUUUCAAAAUUGAUUUGGCGAAGUGAACCAAAAACAUCUAAAAAGCCAGAUGUGAAGGGUCAAGCUUUUGCUCGAGCCUCUCCUUUGACGUGCCUGAAGGACCAUCCAAGAAAGGGUGAGAAAUUGACUUUGUCUCCAAGCGGUACAUUGGCAGCGAUUACAGAUUCACUGGGUCGAAUACUGCUCCUAGACACGCAGGCACUUGUGGUGGUGCGGCUAUGGAAGGGAUAUCGUGAUGCUAACUGUCUGUUCAUGGAGAUGCUAGUCAAUAGAGAUACUGCAUCGUCAAGUUCUAAUUCCAUAGAUUAUGAACCAUCAAAAAAUGAUUACUGCUUGUGUUUGGCUAUUCAUGCACCAAGAAAGGGGAUAGUUGAGAUAUGGCAGAUGAGAACGGGGCGUCGCCUCCGAACCAUUCGAUGUACAAAGGGUAGCAAACUACUGCAACCUUCCUCGAGGUUUGGAUCGUCCAUGGCUUCCCCUUAUGUUCCAUUGGAAGUUUUCUUAUUAAACGGAGAUUCUGGUCAGAUUUCUGUUAUAAACCGAACCCUAUGAUGAACUUUGAAACAGAAUGGUUUUCUCUAGUGAAAAAUAAUCUCUUUCCCAUUACCAUUUGGUUUGUUGAAGAGCUGCUUCUCAAGCCUAGUUAUGAUUCGUUUAUCCAAUCUUUUGAUGAGAUAGCUUACCUCUAUAUUGAAAGCAAAAAUGGCGGUUGAUUCCUUUGAUUCCCAUCUAAA